AUAUUUAAAUACGCAAUCCGCGGUUUGAUAGCCGUCAUGAAGAGGGUAUUUUUGUCCGUUUUUCUUUAAAGUAAAAUAUUUUGAUUAGGAUACACGCACAGUUUCAUCGAAAAAUUCAACUCUCGAAUCGAAACAAUUGAUUAAACUAAUGUACGAUGAAUAGGACCGUAAGCUUAAAACGAGUAAACACUCUGCCGAGUGUGGCCAAUAUUUGUAUCGUUGAAGAGCAGUUGGAUGCAGCAAUCUUCUAUUGCCUGAAUGCGCUCACUAAGCGGUACUCUCCUUCGGACCAGUUCCGGGCAAUAUUUGUAAAGGGUAUGUUCUUAAAACCCAACACGAAAGCUUUCGUACAUGUAUUGCACUUUUUGUUCAACAUUUACGACACAAAGGAAUUCCGCAAGCGAUUUUAUUGGCCCAUCUUUGAUAAAACUGCCGAAACUGCAUUUCGUAGCUCUACGGUUGAGUAUAUCAACUGGCUUGUGGAUCAGGGCAGACUAGAGACAGAAAAGAUCAAAGCCCACACGGUGGUGCUACCAGGAGGGAUAAAAUUCAUGAAAUUUCUACUGGUAUUAAUUCGUUUCGUCCUUAAAGAACAGCAACGAAAAAGUCGCAGUGGAAAUUGUGGCAAAAUAGUCGCGAAAAGUGAUGUGAAGCAUUUACUAGCUAACCACGCGCAAUGGGAGGAAAUUGGAUCAAGAAUGAGAGAGAUUCUUCAAAAUGAUUUGAGUCUGAUAAGCAGUAGAAUUCAACAAAUAGAUUAUCUAUUUGGGGAUCUAUUCAGUAAUUGUCUUGGACCGGCGAAGCAGAUGAAUUUUGAAAAGCUUAUGCAAAUUUGGGGAAAAUUCAACCGGACAUAUUUCGAUGAAACUGAAGGGCGACGGCAGCGUAUAUUGGAUGUUACAGCUGAAUAUGAAAAACUUGUUGUUUCAGCAAAACGUAAAUUGGAACCGAAAGAAAUUACACUGAAGGUCAAUCCAGAGGACCUGAAGGAAACGCUUUAUCGAUUGGAAGUCUUGUUUCCUGAUAAUGCUUUUCAUUUUCGUGACGUUUUUGACGAAUGCGAAAAAAUAGAUGCUAUAAAGUUAUUCGAAAUUAUCAUAUUCAUGCUGCCAGAAAUCGAGCAGCGCUUGAAGAGCUUCACAGUUCGCAGUAUUGAAUCUUUGAAAUUUGAGCUCAAAGAGUUGUCCAGAGUUGCUGUGAAAUCAGACAGUCUAUGCCAUGAAAUGGCUUCUUUGCGAAGAAGUUUGCCUUUUAUAGAUGCCAAGUUUCAAGAACUGGCAACACAAGAAGAACUUGAUGAACUGAACAGCGAUCUCGGUAUAAGAAACAAGAUAUUCAAUACUCCACCAAUAUCUUUAAAUUUUCAAGAGAAUGGUGAAGGUGGGGCAGUAACUAAACCGAUACCUAAACGUUACCGCAUUGCUCUUUUCGAUGACGACCAAGUACAGCAACAUCUUCGCAUGCGGUUACUGUCGUCAAGCGUUUGUCAUGCGGUGCCCAAAACCCCCCGAUCUGCUAAGAAAGUCAAGUCGAAGGAUCCUUCGGCUUCAGAUAAUGUUUUCGCUAUUCCCAAACCAGCACGUAAAGAAAAAAUGAAUCCUCUUUCAAUGUUAAACAAAAUCACUUCCCAGGGAAAAUCGAAGAGCAGAUCUACUUCUACACAAAUGCCUGUGAACAGCACAAUGAAUUUAUCCUCAUUGUCUCAUCUAGAAGAUAUAACUUUACGCCCAGAAUUUUCUUCGACCCUUCUAGGAACUCCAGAGAAACAAACCUCACAUAACCGUCGCAGUAUUAAUGCCAACGAAACUUUGAUAACCAAGUCGGACUGUCAGUCAGUGCCUUCAAUGCAAAACCAACAGCUUUCCGCAGCAAAUACGCCCAAGGUACACGGUUCACCACGUUACAAAACAAUAUACAGUGAAAACUUGAUUCAGCAAACGACUACUACUAAAACAACGAUGUCGCCAGAUUCGCUAUUUUUGUUGAGUCAAACCACCACAAGAACAACUACUACUCGCCGUAGGAGCUCGAUUGUGCACUUUGAACAGUUGCAAACCUCACCCUCGGGAAAGCUUAAUGCUCUAAUGCCCUCUGAAAUUACUCCUGAGAUGUCUGUUUAUAUGAACAAUACAGAUUGUGACCAUGUUUCUACCGAUGCGAUGGAGAAGGAAAUACGAGAUCUACCGCGAAUACAGAUAUCAGAGUUCGAUGAACUGGACUCUGGUAUUAGUGACGAAAAUCGGUUAGCCGAAAAUGUAUUACAUAGUACCGAUGAAGCAGAUGAACAACAGAUAACAGAAAAUAUGGAACAUACGUUGAACGCACAGCAAAACAGUGAGUUAUCUGAUCUCUCGAACACCUUGGUGGAUCUCAAUCUAAGUAAACUAUCUAUUUCCUGCGCUAAAGUAGAAAGCACCGUAGAUACCAACCGAUCCUUUGCGGAUAUUCCGUUGGAUGCCGAUGGGGAAGAUCUGUUUAAUGUUAGCGAUGGCAUUUUAGCGGACAUCGAUUGACCUGAGACGAAUAAUUCCAUAACUCCAGUGAUGCAUGAAAUACUAUUUAAUCGACUGUCAUAUCCUGAUCAAUAUAUAUACACAUGCAGUUGCUUAGUUUUUAA